AAACGUGAUGCUUCUGAAAAGUAUCUCGACACCGACAGCACCGACUCCUCGCCGUGUACCGUGAAUGCAGCUGAGAGUUGAGACGGUUGGGAGGAGGAGGCGAGGAGAGGAAGGAAGGAAGGAAGGAGGGAAGGAGGGAAGGAGGGAGGGGAGUCCGAAACAGAAGUGACCGCUAGCUUCAUGUCAGCCGACGUUACCGAACCAGCGAGAGCGGAAAUCUUCACCCGGGUGGAAGAAGGAGAGGGCGAGCGAGGGAGCUCGCGAAACAACCGUUGUAGGGAGGUUAGCUAGCCAGCGCCAUCUCCUCCUCCUCCUCUUCCACACACACCAUGGGGAACGCUGCCACCGCCAAGAAGGGCAACGAGCUGGAGAGCGUCAAAGAGUUUCUAGCCAAAGCCAAAGAAGAUUUCUUACGGAAAUGGGAAUGCCCGCCACAGAGCACGACGUGCCUAGACGACUUCGAGAGAUUAAAGACCCUCGGUACCGGCUCAUUUGGAAGAGUCAUGCUGGUGAAACACAAAGGAACGGAGCAAUACUUUGCCAUGAAAAUACUGGACAAGCAGAAGGUGGUGAAACUCAAGCAAAUAGAACACACGCUAAACGAGAAGAGGAUAUUACAGGCUGUGAGCUUCCCCUUUCUCGUCAGACUCGACUAUGCAUUUAAGGACAACUCCAAUUUGUACAUGGUGAUGGAAUAUGUUCCCGGAGGAGAGAUGUUCUCACACCUAAGACGAAUUGGAAGGUUCAGUGAACCACAUGCACGGUUUUAUGCCGCCCAGAUAGUGCUGACCUUUGAGUACCUCCAUUCGCUAGAUCUCAUAUACAGAGAUCUGAAACCCGAGAACCUGCUCAUUGACCACCACGGCUAUAUUCAGGUGACAGACUUUGGAUUUGCCAAGCGGGUAAAAGGCAGGACCUGGACGUUGUGUGGGACACCGGAGUACCUGGCGCCGGAAAUCAUUCUCAGCAAAGGCUAUAACAAAGCUGUGGACUGGUGGGCCCUGGGAGUCCUCAUCUAUGAAAUGGCUGCUGGUUACCCUCCAUUCUUUGCCGAUCAACCGAUUCAGAUCUACGAGAAGAUCGUGUCUGGGAAGGUCCGAUUCCCGUCCCACUUCAGCUCCGACUUGAAGGACCUGUUGAGAAACCUGCUGCAGGUGGAUCUGACCAAACGUUACGGCAACCUGAAGAACGGCGUCAACGACAUCAAGGGCCACAAAUGGUUCGCCACGACCGACUGGAUCGCGAUCUACGAGAGAAAGGUGGAAGCCCCGUUCAUACCAAAGUGCAGAGGCCCGGGGGACACCAGCAACUUCGACGACUACGAGGAGGAGGAAAUUCGUGUUUCCGUAACGGAAAAAUGCGGGAAGGAGUUUGCGGAGUUUUAGGAUGCGAGAACGUGGAUAUAUCAGGGAAAUAUAGGGGAUCUUUGCACUCUUCUAAAGACUUGGGAUGGAGCAGAGACCAUCGUUUUGCAGAUCUACUACAUAGUCCCUUCAUUCCAUAAGGCUGAAUGAGGUCGCCAUGAUCCUUGGGUGCCGAUAACCUCUCACUGUCACGUACACCUGCGUAUUAAAGCAGACACACCACUCUUUUCUUUUUCUUUUUUUUUUUAAACUUUGAAGCAGUUAGUCUUGGAUGUUGUUAUCCCCUUUUUUUUUUUAAAUGUUAUAUUUUUCAAUUUAUGAGGAACAACUGAGACCACGGCCAAUAAAAGUCCACACGUUGUAUCCGACUUGGCGGUCGUAGGCUCCUCCCUCUCGGCGCCAGCAGCGUAUAUAUUUAAUGAUCUGUUACAAGUCCACAUCACAUUGGCUAUUCUUAAAAUUCGGGCCAUCUUUCAGAGGUAGCAUUCGUCCUAAAUUGCAUAUCUGUCAGUUUUUGAAAGACAUUUGAACACGUUGAGUUUUGAAAGCACGACCAAGAAGAGAGGUCCUUUCCUUUCUUUGCUUUUUGCCUAGAGCCAAGUCUACACACACACACACACACGCAUCCAUUCACUGUCUUCUUGGUAUUCUGACGCAGGCACAGCAAAAGCAAUCGCAUAAAAUGACAAACCUUGUUAAAUGCAAAUCAAGUUUUUUUGUUUGAUCCUUCUGGAUCCGUUAGUUACAUGUAAAGUUUGUCAUUCGGUAUCUAACUAUUCUUUUGUCGCUGUGUCUAACAUUAUAGUCAUAUUGUCCCUAGAUUUCAGGUCUGCUUAUAAAGACCCUUUGUCAAUGAGUCUGUGGAACAAUGUGACUUCAGUAAAUGCAAAAAAAGACCGCCGUGAAAUCCUUUUUUUUUUUUUUUUUUUAGGAUUUUUGUUGAGUUUAAUGUUAAGUUGAGAAGGUCGGAAAUUGUCAGUAAAACCUUUAAAAAAAAAUGUUAAAGUACAUAAUUUGUUAUGUAUUAAAAAUCAAAGAUGUUUUAAAAUCUAAAGAAACAGAACUGCAAAUCUGCAAAUUUACCGUAUUCUCCCUGUUGCCCCCCCCGAACCGAUUUCCUUUGUUUCAUUCUUAUCAAAAGAAUGUAGAUUUGCAACUUAUAGGUAUGCAUAUUUGAAGGCUUGAUUUGAAGGUACAGUUUUCCUCACAAUACACUGGCUAAAAUAAAGACUGCUCCUUUGUAUCACAUGUAACCUUGUUAUUGUUAAACUCAUUACAUCAAACGUAUAUACAUUGUUUCAUAUAUGUUUUUAUUUAUACACAUUAGAGAUGCUAAUAAAUUUUAUUUUUAAAAGUG